AUUCCGUCCUCAGUUGGAUGUCUCAAAAUUUUAAUUCACCGAAAGACAGUCCACACCUGUCCAAUAAUUGCAACCUUAGAUCCUACCAUCUGCUCUCCCCGCCCAAUUAAUCAACUAAUGAAUUAAUUAAUUACUCCAGCUGUAGUGCAAUAAUACCCACGACACCCGACACAUAGUCCGUGUCAUAGAGCGUUGCAAAAGUCGAUAAAUGAAACAAAGAUGACUAAAAAAAGGGGGUUGAAAACAUUGACCAUACGUGCGGCAUAAAUUGAGUGGAAAUAAUGCUGUGCAUGCUCAUUUUCAUUAACACCCUCGGGGCCACAUUUUCCCGUCAAUUUUUUUUUGCCUUUAUCUGUCCACCCCCUUCCUCUCUAUGCCAGGCCCCCUCCCCGUCUUCCUGCCCUUCUGCGCUCAGCCUCUUUUAUUUUUGCCAUGAGUUACAGUGAAUGCAGUAUGGCUGAGCUUGAACGGAACAAGCUCUACUCCACGCAGUAUCAGCCACCAGUUGCAGGCGCCGUGCGGCCGAGAGCACGCGCGCGUACAGAAGAAAAUUUUAAUGUUGAGAUUUUGAUAUUUUUGAGCGGCAUGAGCUCCAAGAAGGGAAUCAACAGCCUUCGGGGAUGAUUUAAUAAAAUCAGUAUUAUUUUUGCGCCUCACGAUAUCAUUGCAAGAUGAAAAAUAUUUCGCGAGCCUUUUAAUUAGUUCAAGGGGGCUGAUUGUCAGUGAAAAUGAGAAAAUAUGAGAUGGCAUAUUACGAUUGUGAUUGCUGAUGUACUCUAUGAAGCUUCACUUAUUUCGAGCCUCGAGAAAACUCGGUCAACUGUUCGUCGCGUGGUAAAGUACUUUCGAUGAAGAGACGAAUUCAGCUUGUGUAAUUAAAAGUGGAAUUGAAGUGAUUAAAUGAAGAUGUUUAGUGGUGUCUUGUGUGAGUGAGUUCAGAGGUAGUUGGUGACACUGAAGAACAGACGAGAGGAAAUUCAAAGGUAUUCAGGAAGUUUGGGAAGUUCACGUUCACAUGGAUGAAGAAGAGAGCCCCGGUGACAACGCCGCCGAUGAUGGCAGCGUCAAGGAGCUGCAGAAACUGCGGGACAGGUACGAGGGAAAAGUAACGGCAUCACUAUACACUGGUGCUCUCACUGUCGCCGGAGCUGCAUCACUUACUGCUCUUAUUGCACUCUGUGUACUUCACUUUAAUGAUCUGACAGAUGUCAUUCUGGAGGCAUCAAUCCUGGCGGUCAUGGUGGUAUCAUCCAUGACCCUCCUCACAAUCGCCCAAUUCCCAUCGACCCUGACCUCCAACCAAGCAAGAAUAUCCGUUGGUCUGACUUCAUCACUAAUCCUGGGAGCCGCGGUUUUGGCGCUGGCCGAACCAUUACCCAUAUUUGCCUGCAUACUGGCAACAAUCGCGACACUACCUCGAAUUAGGAAGCAUCGACCAUCGGUGGUUGGCCUCGUUAUUGCUGCUGUCCACGUCGCACGGGGAAUUGUUAUGUACAUAAUGAACGAAGAUGCGAGCUUCCAUCAGGUGACGAGCGACACGGUGCUUAUGCUGUCCGCCAUCGUCGCCGGAAUUCACUACAGAAAUUUAACAACCAGAGCACACCGACAGACAUUUUCAGGCACAAAAACUGUUAUUAAAUCACGGGUGAAACUAGAGUGCGAGAGAGAGCAGCAGGAACAACUGUUGCUCAGCGUCAUCCCAGCCUACAUAGCAGCAGAGGUGAAGCGCAGUAUCAUGCUGAAAAUGGCUGAUGCCUGUCAGGAGGUGAGCAAGCACAAGCAGACCCGCUUCCACGAGAUGUACGUUCAACGACACAAUAACGUCAGUAUUCUCUAUGCAGACAUCGUGAACUUUACACCGCUCUCGGAGCAGCUGUCGGCCUCGGAUCUUGUUAAAACUCUGAAUCAACUCUUUGGGAGGUUCGAUCAAAUAGCACAGGAUAAUCAGUGCAUGAGGAUAAAAAUCCUGGGCGACUGUUACUACUGCGUAUCUGGUCUUCCUGUGUCACGACCUAAUCAUGCUUACAACUGUGUCAACAUGGGCCUCCAGAUGAUCGACACCAUCAGAUUCGUAAGAGAGGCAACUGGAUUCAACGUAGACAUGAGAAUUGGAAUACACACUGGGAAUGUUCUCUGCGGUGUACUUGGCCUCCGAAAGUGGCAGUUUGAUGUUUGGAGUGACGAUGUCACUCUCGCCAAUCAUAUGGAGAGUGGUGGAUUACCUGGGAGAGUUCACAUAACAUCAGCAACGUUGGACCAACUUGGUGAUCGUUUCCAGGUAGAGCCAGGAAACGGUAGCUCCCGUGAGACUUAUCUGGCCGACCACAAGAUCGAAACUUAUCUCAUAAUACCACCAGAGAACACUAAGGGCGACGUUGAAAUGGAGAAUGGUAAAAUGCCAGGUCCAGUGCCAUCCAGGUCAAGGCCCAGUAGUAAAAUGACUAAAUAUGUUGAGUGCUGGGGGGCGGACAAGCCCUUUGCCAACAUUGCUGAGUCAACAUUAGCUAAAAAUAUUGGUUUAACCAGCAUCGCGAUGAUUGAAUCCAAUCUCCUGGCAAAUAACUCAAAUUGCAUAAACAUCAAACAAUGUUGCACUGGUAACGAGGGAAUGUCGUCAACCACUUACUGGUUCAAGGAUAAAAUACAGGAGAGUCAGUACAGAGACCAGAGGGAUGAGCAAUAUCCCUGGUACGUCGUUGCAUCCACCGUUCUCUACGCCGCAAUGUUCAUUAUUCAAGUUAUCUACUUGCCGAGCAGUAUAGUCGUCUACGGAUGCUUCUCAGUCGGCCUAAUUUCUCUGAUCUCCUUCACUGGAAUAUCCUGGUAUGCCGAGAGAAUAUCUGCUGGCUGUGAGGAGACAAGUCAUCCGAUGGUCCUGAGUCGUGGCAUCAGAAUAGCCGUCUACCUGAUCACAGCAGUGCUCGCUGUAGCCUCCGGGCUAAUUAGUAGCAUCGAUGUCGACGUAAAUAAUUCAAGAGUGGCACCAGCCUACUUGCACUCGGCGGCUCUUGGGUUGAUAAUUGGAUGGGUUCAUCUGAGAGUUGGAUUCCUCCUUAAGCUCUUCGUCAUGAUUCUUUCCAUAUUUUCUUCUCUGAUGGUGUUUCAUUACAACCCGAUGAUUGGGGAGUACUACAAUGGCGAGAGCGAAUUCUCCGGAAUACAUCAUCUCAUACAAAUUGGCUACCUUCUCUGCACCAUCGCCCUCAUCCUCCACGUACUCGACCGACAAAUUGAAUUUACAACGAGAACGGAUUUUUUGUGGAAGACAAAACUCAGAGUGGAACAAGAUGAAGUGGAAACAAUGCGCGGUAUAAAUAAAAUUCUACUGGAAAAUAUUCUUCCGGCUCACGUGGCCGACCACUUUCUCUCUACUCAAGUCACCCAGGAUCUGUACCAUGAGAGAUACAGCAGCAUCGCUGUAAUGUUUGCGUCGAUACCGAAUUACAAGGAGUUUUACGAUGAGACUGAUAUUAAUAAACAGGGACUGGAAUGUCUGAGGUUACUCAAUGAGAUUAUUUGUGAUUUCGAUAAGCUUCUGCUUAAGCCGAAAUUUUCGGGCAUCGAGAAGAUUAAGACGAUUGGGAGCACGUACAUGCUUGCUGCUGGGUUGAGUCCAGGAAAGGAAGAUGUGAAUGAGAAGGACCUGAUGAAACAGCAGGAGCACAAUGUCAUUGUUCUCGUUGAGUUUGCCAUCGCCCUCAUGACUAUUCUCGAUCAAAUUAAUAGGGAAUCCUUUCAGAGGUUUAAAUUGAGAAUGGGUCUGAAUCACGGUCCCGUGAUAGCCGGUGUAGUCGGUGCCCAGAAGCCACAAUAUGAUAUCUGGGGAAACACUGUCAACGUGGCCUCAAGAAUGGACAGUUGUGGCGAAAUGGGACGACUCCAAGUAACCGAAGAUACCGCGAAAAUACUGAAAAACGCCGGUUACGAACUCAUCUGCCGCGGGCCGACCUAUGUCAAAGGAAAAGGUACCUUGACAACCUACUUCGUAAAAACACCUUUCGAUGGUAAAGAAGAUAAUUACUAGGAAUCUCAUAAUUUUGUACAUAUCUUAAUCGUAUAAGAACAGUGAAAAUUAUUAUUGUAUCUUAAAAUUGUGACCGUCGGCUUAUUCGUCUAUCUUCUGAAAAAAACAACGAACGAAGAAGUCAUUCGACAAAGGUGAGAGAAUCCUAAUGGGGGAGGGAGAGUGAAAUUUACAAUUCUCAUUUAUUUCUUAUUAUAACGGACCUCCUUAUCACUUCAUUUACCUCUGGAAGCAGUCUCUCUUUUCAUUUUAAUUUUACAUGCAUUGCAAUUUUUUGUAAUAAUUUUCUGAAACAUGCACUGAAUCCAUCAGUUCUGCCAAAAAACCCUCGAAAUUAUUUAGCUCUAUAAAUUAUCCAAUUUCCAUCAAGAAUAUUGUAGAUUCUUCGUGAAAUCGUUGGAUAAUUGGGACUUCUUUUCAUGUUCAAAAAUCUCCCAUUCAAUCAACUGAUAUUCAUCAUUAAAAAAAAAUGAUAUGUUCGUUUCUCCCACCCCCCAAAAAACUGUAAAUUAUAUAACUCUAAUGAUCUCAUACGUGUAUUUGUGCGAAUAUUUUUGAAUGUUGUAAAUCAAAUCUUGUUGUCUCAUUGUUGUGAAAAAAUAAAUAUUUUUUGUCUGGAAAUUCUCUUUACCGGCGCU